ACUGGAAGAAGAAGAAAAAUCGAAACAAUUGACAGCGCCAGCGAGCAGAAAAUCGCGACAAAAAUUUAGUUAUUUCUUACAAUUAGCUAAAAUUCCGUCAUCAAAAACAUUUCCAAGCAGACAAAAUCGAAUUGGCAAACGCGCUAACUGAAAAUUGUGUAAAAACAGCUUAAAACUGGAGCAACAGAAAAAGCGAAAAAAAGUUGAAGAAGCAGCUCUUAAAAGCAGAAAAGAAAAAAUUGCGAAGGCGACGAGUAGGAAAAAGUUUCGUUUUCCCUUUUGCGUUGCUCUUGCCGUUGCGUUUUCCGCCAGCCGAAAAGAAAUUAUCAUUUGCAAGUGUUUGGAAAUAAACGCAUUGCAAACAAUAUUAAGUUAGCCCACAACGUGCUUAUUUUUUAUCCUUAGUAUAGUGUGAAACACUUUUAUUAACGGUACUGGAUUUUCACUUGUGUUAUUGGAACGCCAAUCGGAAGAAGGGGAGAACGACGGUAUUCACUCGUUUCAUAUACUGCUGCCAAUCAAUCUGUCAAAGCCUCCAUCCCUUUUAAAGCAUCAAAACUGCAUUAAUUGCAGUACUACCGUUGUGGAAUCGCUGUAAUAGCAUCGCAGAUAGUAACUUCAUUCUCAACAUCUUAUGCGGUCAAUUCCAUUCCAAAAGCUCCAGCGAAUACAACAUUAAAACUGUGGCUAAGAAAAAUCGGCUUAUCCAGUUGUUAAUCACAUGCGACUUAUUGGAAGAUAAUCAUUUAAAAGGAAACAAUCAUAACAUACUUCACAUUACUGUGUGUUUCAACUGGGAAGUUUAUCCGUAGCUUAACAUAAUUUGGGUUCUAUUGGACUAUGUCUGAGCAUUUGCAUCGUCGAAUACAAACACACACAUAGCCAUGGCUGCGACGAGAAAGUUGCAAGGUGAAAUAGACAGAUGUCUGAAAAAAGUUGCGGAAGGGGUGGAAACAUUCGAGGAUAUAUGGAAAAAAGUGCAUAAUGCUACAAACAGUAAUCAGAAGGAAAAGUAUGAAGCAGAUCUUAAAAAAGAAAUCAAGAAGUUACAAAGGCUUCGUGAUCAAAUUAAAUCAUGGAUUGCAUCUGGAGAGAUUAAAGAUAAAAGCCAGCUGCUGGAGAAUAGGCGUCUCAUUGAAACGCAAAUGGAACGUUUCAAAAUUGUAGAACGUGAAACAAAAACGAAAGCGUAUUCAAAAGAGGGACUUGGCGCUGCACAAAAAACAGAUCCAGCUCAACGUAAGAAAGAUGAGGCGCGCAACUGGUUAACAUCGUCUAUUAGUUCAUUGCAACUGCAAAUAGACCAAUAUGAAAGUGAGAUUGAAUCGUUAUUGGCGGCAAAAAAGAAACGCCUCGACCGCGACAAACAAGAUCGAAUGGAUGAGUUUCGCGCCAAAUUGGAUCGUAAUAAAUUCCAUGUUAUGAAACUGGAAACAGUGUUAAGAUUACUGGACAAUGACGGUGUUGAAGCAGAACAAGUAAACAAAAUUAAGGAUGAUGUCGAAUAUUACAUUGAAUCCUCACAAGAGCCGAAUUUCGAAGAGAAUGAGUUUCUUUAUGAUGACAUUAUUGGCUUGGAUGAUGUGGAGCUAUCUGGCACAGGUGUUUCACUUGGUAUUCCAUCAUCAGCCACUACCGACAGCAAUAACAGCAACGAGACCAGCGGUUCGCCAAGCAGUAUAACAUCGGGUGGCAGUCCUGUGCAAUCGCCAGCGCCAGCGCCAGCAACGGGUACACAACAACAGCAGCAGGUGCAACAACAGUCUGCGGCAACGGCGGCGGCGGCGGCGGCGAAUACGACAUUGACGUCUACAAUUAUUACGACGGUAGCGGCGGUGACAACGGCGCAGCAGCAACAACAGCAGCAAAGUAAUAACAGCAACAGCAUGAAUUACGCAGCGGAAGCGGCGGCGGCGGCAGCCGCAGCAACGGCGACCAAUAAUACAGAUGCCACAGCCAGCGAUAAAAGGAACAAAAACGAGAGUAAUUCUACUAGCAAAACAAAACAACCUGUUAAACCAACGGCAGUGCGUGCAGCUAAUAGCACCGGUAAAUCUUCUAGCGGUACAACAUCAGAAACGUCUUCAAAUAAAGCAGUUAGUUCGACGCCCAAUAAGAAUCAUAACCAACAACAACAGCAACAGCCUACAGCAGCGGCAAUAGUCGCAGCAUCUAUGGGUGGUCAAGCAGCGCCAACGUCGGUCACCAGCACAGCAAAUAGCAUAGUUGGUGGUGCGCCCACAUUGGCCGCCACCGUCGCCGCCAUGGCUGCCGGUCAUAGUCCUGCGCUGCAACAACAUGCGCCAGCGCCCAGUUUGAAUGCGACAAAUGCAACGGCAACGGUUGGUGGUGGUGCGACAACGGUCGCAGCCGCAGUGGUGGCUAACAAUGGUAGCAGCAACAGUAACAACAACAUUCAAGGCCAAUCUGUGAUUCAAGCGACGCCAACAAUUGCAUUUGCGGCCGUAGCGAAAAACAACACAUCACAUCUUGAGAACGGACCUGUGCAUCCGGCGACAUCUUACGCGAUGACGGCUCCCACGGUAGCAACCAAUUCGCAGCAUCAGCAACAACAACAAUUAUCCAAUCUUCAAACGAAUUCCUCACAUUUACAAAACGCGCAUAAUAACACUUCCAAUAACAACGCAUCAAAUAGUUUAGCGAACGCUGUGCAACAAGGAAGCGCAGCCGUUGCCGCAGCCGCUGCCGCUGCCGGCGUCGUGGUGAAUAAUGUUGGCAGUAAUAAUUUGGUAAACUGCAUUUCUCCAAACGGUAUGUCGCAAGUAAUAGGAACACAGCAGCAGCAGCAGCAACAACAACAGCAACAACAAGUUAUUGGCGUAACAAAUAAUGGCUCGCGUGUUUCGCCGGGCCUGCUGUCGCCGAAGCAUAUGAAUGGCAUGCCUGUGUCCGCACCCAAUAUUAAUAACAAUAAUAACAACAACAAUAACAAUAAUUCGAUGGAUGCGAUUUCAUUGAAGACAAUGGCUCAGGAAGCUAUUAAUCGGUCGGUAAUCGAUACCAAUUCAUUGACGCAAGGACCCGGACAACAGAUUGACAAUAGGCAGCAGCAACAGCAACAACAACAACAGCAAGCGCCACAAUCACAACAGGUCUUACAGCAUUUCUCAACCGAUACAACUGCCAACCAACAACAACAACAACAACAGCAGCAACAACAACAAUCCGGCGGUUUAGCAGCAGCGGCGGUAGCCUUUGCAGCAGCAGCGGCAGCAACAAAUGGACCAGCAACAGCGGGUGCGGGUCCAGUCGGAAGUGCAGUGCAAAGUGGUUUAGGCGGUAUGACGAAUGCAGCGGUCGGUCAAUCGGGCGCUGGUAAUAGCGGUGUUAAUGCACCAGUUGGUAGCAAGCCACUGCAACAGCAACAGCAACAACAGCAACCUACAAAUGAAGCGCAUAUAACGCCGCUACUUGGCGUGGCACCGCUGGGCACAUUACCGCUACAUAAAGAUCAUCAAUUACAAUUCAAAAUGAUGGAAGCCGCUUACUAUCACCUCCCGACACCAGCCGACUCGGAGAGAUUAAAUAUAUAUCUGCCGCGAACGCCAGUGCCGACACCACUGCAUUAUCCUCAGCAACAGCUUCCACUCUACGAUACCGUUGAAUUUUAUCAACGACUCUCAACCGAAACGCUCUUCUUUGUUUUCUAUUAUAUGGAAGGUUCGAAGGCGCAAUAUUUAGCAGCGAAAGCAUUGAAAAAGCAAAGCUGGCGAUUUCACACAAAGUACAUGAUGUGGUUCCAAAGGCAUGAGGAACCAAAAAUUAUUAACGAUGAUUACGAACAGGGUACGUACAUCUAUUUUGAUUACGAGAAAUGGAGUCAACGCAAAAAGGAGGGAUUUACUUUUGAAUACAAGUACUUAGAAGACAAGGAGUUGAAUUGAUCGCUGUAUGUUGUGCAGCCAAUGUAUAAAAGAAAUUUUUGUUAUAAAAAAAACAUAUGAAUAACUUCUAAGCUACAUCAGCCAACAACAGCAACAAAAACAUCAGUACCACCUCUUUUAACAGCUAACAACAACAGCGAAAAAUUUAUCAAACUACCAACCCAACUAGAACAAGAACAAGAAGUACUGCAAACGUUUGCAAACUACCUGUCAACUUUUUUCCAUAUGUUGUUCCUUUUUUUUGAAUUUGCUAUGUUCACUUUUUUACUGUUUAUGAGUUACGAAACGAGAAAAGAAAGCGAACAAUAUCAAUUCUACAACAUACAAUCAUACAUCAUAUAAAAAUAGUACAUAAAAAUUUACUGAAAAUUCAAAAAUGCAAAGAAUUAUGAUUUGAGAAUACUUAAAUUGCGCUAGGACGUCAGUAAACACCAAAAAAAAAAAACGCAAUUCAACAUAGCAAAUUACUACAAAAAACAUUGAUUUGCGGCGAAAAAUGUUACUUUAGUUUAAAAUUCGCAUUUAAUACACAACUUUUUUAGCAUUUGCCGGCAGUUAUUUCAAACAAAUAGUUAUAAUUGUAGCAAAAACGUUAAAAAGGAACAUGAAAGGAAGCAAAUGCAGCUGCCACUGCUGCCAACAAAUGCCUCUACGGUUUCUGCAGCAGCUGCGCGACCGCAAACGUUGAAAAUAACACAUUUUAGUCCAAGAAUCCAAGAAAUGAGUCUCGGAAACUAAUGUGCUGUCACCGCAUUCAUACCUCCUUACACAAUUAUACAUAGUAUAUAGACAUACAACUAUUGAAUGAGCUACCCAUAAAGAAAAGUUGCUACAUUUCCCCUCCUUGCCCUCCCCUACUACUAUCCCUUCACACAAAUUUAUACAAACUUUAUUUGGGCGCAUUAUAUGCCGCCCAACUACGAUUGCCUAAUUUCUCUAGGUCUAUUUUUUAGUUUUUCCAUUUUGUAUUCAUUCAUUGAACAUAAAAACAUACAUUUUGCAAUUAAAGAAAAAUGGAAAAACUCCCCCCCCCCAACUAUACAUAUAUGAUACUUUAUAAAAGAUGAAAAUGUUUACAAAAAAACAAACAACAAGAAAAAAAUUGAAAAAAUGGUAAAAAAGAGGUGAAGUUAAAAGAAUAUGAUAACAAAAAAACUUUGAAGAACAAAAAUCAUCAAAUGAAAAGUAAAUACAAAAGAAAACAACAAAAAAAAAAGAAAAUUUAAAUCUUUUGAAAAGAGGAUUUAAGCUAAUUUUUAAAAUAAAAAUUUAAAAUAUUAUUACAAAAAAAAUGCAAUGUCUUAUUUAAUAUUUUUUUCUUUGGCUCAUGCGACAUCAUUGUUUACUUAACAUUUUCUGUUAAAUCAUAAUGGCGUUUUAGCACUUUAGCAUUUGGUACUAUAAGCAAUUUGCUUAAAUAGUGGAUUUUUAAAUUAGUUAGAUGUUUCUUCAAAAAUUUGUUGCGAAAAAAUAUGAUCAACAACAUUUUCUGUAACUUCCACUGAAGAGUAAGGCCUCCCAAAACAAAAUCAGAUAUUUCUUCAAAAAUAUGAAACUUUCAGAACUUUGAAAAAAUAUGAAUUUUUCAGAAUUUUGAAAAGAAAUAUGAAUUUGAAAAAAUAUGAUUUUUGCAGAACUUUAAAAAAGCUAUAAUUUAGCAAUUUUACUAUAGAAAUUUCAAAAUAUUAUUUGCAAUUUUAAUAGUAUAAAACAGCGCAGAGUUUUGGUUCGUGCUCGAUUAUCUUUGUCUGUCGGAUAUCGGCAAUCAAUAUACAUACAUAUAUAAUACGAUCUUCAUAGUACGAUUUCAAAAAAAUGUUCUAUACCCAUUUGAGAAGUCUCAACCGAUCUCUGACAUAUAUUUCUGCCGAUAAGCGGUAUAACAUAUUUGCAAAGCGCGGAAGCCACCAACAACAACAGCAAUGAAAAAACAAAGCAGCUUCAAAUUAAUUUUUAGGAAAAAGUGCGUAUCUUAAAAAUAUUCAAGUAAGUUUCUAGGAUUAGAGGUUUCCAGUUUAAAAUAAAACACGCUACUUUUAGCGUAUUUAAACAGUUAGUCAUUCACACGCUAGUUCACUAGUUUAAAAUCAAUAUUUUGAUUUACUGCAUCAUUCAUAAAGUAAUUUAAGUUUUUUUUUUAAUUAUUAAAUUGUUAUUUUAAAUAAGGAAAUUUUAAACUGAAAUUUCGUACUUGAACAAUAAUUUAUUUUUUUUUAAUAAUUUAAUUUUUUUUAUUAAUUAUAAAAAAAAACAAACAUAAUACAGAGCAAUGUUUUACAACUUGUUGACGAUUUUCAAAUGAAGUAAAUCAAUUUAUAAUUCUAAACAUGAAAAUAUUAAUAGAAAACUUUUUUUUAAUUUUUCUUUUGUUAAACAUAAUUUUAAAUCCGAUUGAUGGUUUUCAAAUGAAGUGAAAUUUCGAAAAAGAAAAUUUUAAGUAAAAGAAAUUACUUUUAAUCCUCAACAUGAAAAUAUUAAUAGAAAAAUGUUUUUUUUUUUUUUAAUUUUUGUUUUGUUAAAGAAAAUCUUUAAUCCAAUAAUAUUGUUAUACCCUGAACAGCUUAUAUUUAGCUAAAAUAUAUAGGCUUUGCGGAUUUAACCAUGUCUGUCUGUCUGCAGGUAACAGUGUACUGACGAUGACAGUUUCUGUUUGUAUAUACGCGAACCAAUCCCUCAGUUUUUGAGUUAUCGAUUUAAAAUUUCGUACACAUCAUUUUCUUCCCAAAAAGCUGCUCAUUUGUUGAAACGUCUGAUAUCGGACUACUAGAGCGUAUAUCUGUCAAACAAACUGAUCCGUGCAAAUCAAGUUCUUGUAUGGAAAACUUUUGUAUUUGAGAAGGUUUCUUUACGAAAAUUUACAUGAAUUAUUGUCCAAGGCAACGUUACAAACUCCCAACAUAUUGUUUAGAUCGGACCACUGUAGCAUACAGUUGCCAUACAAACUGAUCUGAGCAAAUCAAGUUCUUGUAUGGAAAACUUUUUUAUUUGAGAAGAUUUCUUCACGAAAAUUUACAUGAAUUAUUUUCCAAGGCAGCGUUACAAUCUCCCAACAUAUUGUUCAUAUCGGACCACUGUAGCAUAGAGUUGCCAUACAAACUGAUCGAACAAAAUCAAAUUAAUUUGAUUUGUGAAGGGUAUUAUAGCCUUGAUGCAGCCGUAGUUGUUGUUUUUUCUUGGUUAAAAUCAUUUUCAUGACUUUUAAAUUAAUUUUAUUUGCUGUACAUUUUUUUAAAAUCAAAACAAGAAUUUAAAUUUGUUCUAAAAUAUUUACAUAAUUGAAAAUAAAUUUGCAAAAAAUUGUUUUAUUCAAACAUAAAAAAAUUCUAGAAAUUAAAAUUUUAAAAAAUUUCUAUUUCUGUUAAAUGUUUACAAAACCGUCAAGAAAGCUUCUGGUACUUAAUAAUUAUUAAGCACUUGUCGUUUACUAUUUUACAGUUCAACUUCUAGCCAAUGGUCCCCAAUGCUUACGGUUUUUGAAAUAUUAAUAUUGUAGUUGAUGAGUUCAAAUUUAAAUGCGCUAAUGAAUCGGUUGGAUAUUAGAAAAAUUACAAAUAGCAUAUUUCGCAGUUACAAAAUAUAUAAUAUUUAAUUUAAAAAAAUUUUGUAAAAAUUGUUGCUCGAAAAAGAAAGAAAUCUGGGAAAUUUCAUACAUACAUUCUGACAUUGUUUAAUAAAUUAAAAGUUUUGCAUGAAAACAUAUUCAACGGAAAAAAUCAACUCGUAUUUAUUAUACACGAGCACCUGACAAUUUGCUGCUGAUUUAGAUUUAGGAAAAAUGCGCACGCAAGCACAUGCGCCGUUACACACGUAUGCACAGCCAAAUGGACGUUAUGAAACCACAUAACAUUUGCAACUAGCAAAAAAUUAUUAGUAAUUUUAAAAACAAAAAAAUCAUUGAUUGAGACUGUUGCUGGCAACUCACUCCUUACAGAUGCAUUGUUUUUGAGCAUUUGGUCACACUGUGCGCAUGCGUGGCAAUAUAAGCACUUUUAAUGACAUAAAAUCGAGUAGUAUUAUAUUAAAGUGUUAUGCAUAAAGUAUUGAAUUAUUAUAUGCGUAUACACAUAUAUAAACAUAGACAAUUUAAACGACUUAAAUUGAAAAGAAAACAAUUACAAAUAUGUAUGUGUAUAUGUAAAUUUUUUUAGCAGGCACUGUACCAAACGCAUAAUUCGAUCACGUAAAAAUCUAUGCGUAUUGAAUCUGCUAUUUAAUACCGUCAUAGGCGCAUGACAAUAUUUUUCGAGUCAAUACACUGCAUUCAUUUUGUAGUAGCGCAUAAAAAACAUAAAAAAAGGAAAAAAAUAAACAAACAAAUUUUUAACAUGAGAAGCGUAAAUUUACAUAAAAUGAAUUACAAAAACAAAAAGUGGUAAAAUAAAAAACCGUAGUGCAGCAUAUGUAUAAAGCGUUUAGCUAAUGUCUAAAAAGUCUUCAUAAAA